AGGCUGGAGCCGCAGAUUUCCACGGCCAACGAAUACGCCUGCAAAGGGCUGGAUAAGCUGGAGGAGAAGCUGCCCAUCCUGCAGCAGCCCACGGAGAAGCUCAUCUCGGACACGAAGCCUGGGGCCAAGGAUGUCCUGACCAGCACCGUGGCUGGGGCCAAGGACGCGGUGACCAGCCGGGUGACGGGUGUGAUGGACAUGACCAAAGGGGCCGUGCAGGGUAGCGUGGAGCUGACCAAGUCGGCGGUGAGCAGCGGCGUCAGCACCGUGAUGGGCUCGACCGUGGGGCAGAUGGUGGUGAGCGGGGUGGGCUCCGUGCUGGAGAAGUCGGAGGAGCUGGUGGACCAUUACCUGCCCAUGACGGAUGAGGAGCUGUUGGGCAUGGACCAGAAGCUGCAGGGAGGGCAGGAGAAGCUGCAGCAGAUGUGGCUGGAGUGGAGCAAGAAGCAACCAGGUGGUGGCAAGGACCUGGUGCCACCAGAGCUCUGUCCCUUGUCACCUGUGCCAGGGACAGGCAGCAAAGUGCCUUGA